GUCAAAAGACUUCGCAUCCCAUUGAAGUUACAGGUUCUACUGCUUAUAAGUGUAUUCAAUUCGUUCUUAUACUUGUUUCAAUAGCAUAAUUUGCCCUAAAAUUGUAGUUUCAGUCGCAACAGGCCCAUAAGCAAAAUAAUUCUAGGGUUUUAGUCGAUUGUAACAAGAAAUCACUUGUGCUCUUUUAGUAUUUGUGAGUUGUUUUUUGUGGUGUCGCUGAAUGAUUCUGUUAUGCUUGUGAUUGUUAUUGAUAGUAAUGAGGGACGUGGAUAUACCCAAUUGGCUCAAGGAAUUGCCAUUGGCACCCGUAUUUUACCCUACCGAUACAGAAUUUGCAGACCCAAUUGCUUAUAUCUCCAAGAUUGAGAAAGAAGCUAGUGCAUUCGGUAUAUGUAAAGUUGUUCCUCCAUUGCCAAAACCUUCGAAAAAGUAUGUUAUUGGCAACCUAAAUAGGUCCCUCUUGAAGUGCCCGGAGUUGGGGAAUGAUGUAAAAGUAAAUAGUGUAGAAAAGGUAAAUGAUGGGGAGGUUCGGGCUGUGUUUACAACUAGGCAUCAAGAAUUGGGUCAUAGUAGUGGGAAAAGAACAAAAGAGGUUGGGGUGGGGACCAGUCAGCCGCCUCCUCCUGUCGUGAAUAAGCAAGUAUGGCAAAGUGGGGAAAUUUACACGCUGGAGCAGUUUGAAUCCAAGUCCAAGAAUUUUGCUCGGAGUCAGUUGGGUAUGAUUAAAGAAGUUUCUCCACUGGCUGUAGAGACACUUUUUUGGAAGGCAGCAUGUGAGAAACCUAUAUAUAUUGAAUAUGCUAAUGAUGUGCCAGGAUCGGGUUUUGGUGAACCAGUAGGAUCGUCUCGAUUUGUGCAUAGGCAUGGGAGGAGGAGGAGAAGAACAUUUAGUAGAAACAAUGAAGAUUGUUCUGCUAUAAGGGAACAACUAAAUGAUAAAAGCAACAGUUGUGACGACCAGAAAGGUGAAUCUAUAAGGUGUAGCCCUAGUUCUUCAGUAGAUACGUUAAAGAAAGAUACCAGUUCACUGAAUAUGUUGUCAGAUCGUGUUCCCAGGCAAAGGGGUUCAGAUGCUGGUCAUGAGAUUGAAGGCACUUCUGGAUGGAAGCUUUCCAAUUGUCCCUGGAAUUUACAAGUAAUUGCACGAUCGCCUGGAUCUCUUACGCGCUUCAUGCCAGAUGAUAUUCCAGGUGUUACUUCUCCCAUGGUAUACAUUGGCAUGCUGUUCAGCUGGUUUGCAUGGCAUGUUGAAGAUCAUGAACUGCACAGCUUAAAUUUUCUCCACAUUGGUUCUCCCAAGACCUGGUAUGCAGUCCCUGGGGAUUAUGCACUCACAUUCGAGGAAGUAAUACGUUCAAAGGCUUAUGGUGGAGGUAUAGAUCGGUUAGCUGCACUAACACUCCUGGGAGAAAAGACUACUCUUCUAUCACCUGAAAUUGUUGUGGCAUCUGGCAUUCCAUGUUGCAGGUUGGUACAGAACCCUGGUGAAUUUGUAGUGACUUUUCCGAGGGCUUACCACAUAGGAUUUAGCCAUGGUUUUAAUUGUGGGGAAGCUGCUAAUUUUGGGACUCCAAAGUGGCUUGCCGUAGCUAAGGAAGCUGCAGUGCGCAGAGCUGCCAUGAAUUUUCUUCCUAUGCUUUCACAUCAACAGCUGCUUUAUCUACUAACGAUGUCAUUUAUUCCGAGAGUGCCUAGAUCUUUGUUGCCAGGUGUACGAAGCUCUCGCCUAAAAGACCGUCAAAAAGAAGAGCGUGAGCUGUUGGUGAAGAAGGAAUUCAUUGAUGAUAUACUCAAGGAAAACAGACUAUUAACUUGUAUUCUUCGGAAAAGUUCCUCUUACCGUGCAGUCGUAUGGGAUCCAGAGUCCCUGUCCCCAUCUGUUAUUAAAGAAUCUGACUUGACCAAUAUUGGAAUGGAUCGCACCAUCAAUCCGCCAACUGAAAAUGUAAAUGCUGAAAAUGGAAACAAUUUGGAUAUGUUUAGCCAAAUGAGGCAGGACACAGAAACACUUCUCCAUAUAGAGGAUGAGGACAUGUCAAGUGAUUUUCAAAUUGAUUCUGGAACGUUACCAUGUGUGGUUUGUGGUGUUCUUGGUUAUCCUUUCAUGUCUGUCAUACAACCGUCAGCAAAGGUGGUGGUUGAUGAUAUGCCUGUGAAGGAUCAUGGUGUUCUUCAGGACCUUGGGGUUGAAAACUCUGUUUCAGGUGGGCUGUGCGACAAUCGUAAAAGUAGCAAGGAUACAAUAUGCUUCCAUCAUCCAAGUAUAGCAUCUUCAGAACUGGUUAAUGUGCAGGAUCGGUGUCUUAAAGAUUCAACAUAUUCAUCUAAAGUGAACAUUGAGGGAUGGAACACGUCUAGUGGGUAUUUAAGACCUCGGAUAUUCUGUUUAGAGCAUGCAAGUAAAAUCGAAGAGCUGUUGGACUCUAUAGGUGGAGCGAAACUGCUUAUAAUAUGCCAUUCAGAUUUCCGCAAAAUUAAGGCACAAGCUUCAGUCAUUGCGGAACAGAUUGGUGGCACAUUCAGAUAUAAUGAGGUUCAAUUAGACGAUGCGACCCAGGAUGAUUUGCAUCUGAUAAAUCUUGCAAUUGACAAUGACCAAGAAGAUGAAUCUGUAGAAGACUGGACACUGAAAUUGAACGUAAAUCUUCGACAAUCUGUUAAGCUCAGGCCUAAAUUAUCACCCGACAAGAUACAUCAUGCUUUGACUAUGAAUGCACUAUUUGCUGACACAACCCCCACCUCAAGUGUGGUCUCAUGUGCGAUGCUUCUUCAGUGGCAGGCUACAAAAUCUCGCUCAAAUAGAAAGUUGAACUGUUCACUCAAGAAAUCUUCAAAGGGCAUUUCUGUAGGAAAAGAUGCAGAGUUGAAAGAGAAGUCAUCUGAACCCCAAAUGCCUAAAAAAGAAGGGAGACUAAUUCAGUAUUCAAGAAGAAGCUUCAAGUCAAAGCGGCAAGAUUCUGCAACCAAUCUCAGCAAAAACACAAAUGAGGACCCUUUUUUGGUGUUGGGUGAUUUAUCAACUCCUGAGAAACCUGAUAAACAGCAUGAAAAGCAGGUUGUUCUGGAGGAUUCCAUUCUAUCACAAGCUGUAAUGGAAGUUUCUGCUACUCCAGUUGUUGAAGAUGCCAAGACAUAUACUUCCAUGGAGAUGGAGGGAGGUUAUGAAGAACAGCACGAUAAAUGCUCCCGUGAAAAUUCCCCAGGCUCAGUGUCAUGUGCUACAACUAUUGAAAAUACUGGAAUCGAAAAAAAUGAUAGAAGUGCCGAGGAAACUGGAAUGCAAAAUGAAACUAGUUUUGUGGUAACGAAAAGUGAUUCUGGAGACCGGUCCAGUAGUGAAGAUGGUUUGAUGCAAGAAGGCUCUGAAUUGGCCAAGCCUGAUGAGUCCUCUGCUGAUGAACCUGUUACGACUUCAAAAGUUAGGGUAAAGAAAGGUCCGAUCACUGAUAGAAAUGAGGAAAAUAGCCCUUUUUCAAGUUGUCAUACUUCAACAAGUGGAAGUAAAAGGAAGAGAGAAGUGGAGUUGUUGCAAAGAGAGGAACAAUCUGAUUUUGAUGGAUUUAUAAGAAGCCCAUGUGAAAGAUUGAGACCGAGAGGUGGAAAAGAUGCGCAUAAAGGUGGUUUUUCAAUCACACCAAAAACAAUCACAGAAAAACCUACAAAUAAAGCAAAGGCUUCUAAUGUCGCAGAAAAACCUGCAAAGAAAGCAAAGGCUUCCAGUGUUACAGAAAAACCCGCAAAGAAAUCGAAGGCUUCGGAUGUCAAAAUCCCUGAAAAAGACAAACAGGGAUCCCACAGGUGUGACCAUGAAGGAUGCAAAUUGAGUUUCCAGACUAAAACAGAGCUAAGCAUGCAUCGAAAGAACAGGUGCCCUCAUGAAGGGUGUGGAAAGAAGUUCAGUUCACACAGAUAUGCAGUGCUCCAUUUGCGUGUCCACGAGGAUAACAGGCCGCUCAAAUGCACUUGGAAAGGGUGCAAGAUGACGUUCAAGUGGGCAUGGGCACGGACUGAGCAUUUAAGAGUCCACACUGGAGAGAGACCAUACAAAUGCACUGUUGAAGGGUGUGAGCGCACCUUCAGGUUUGUUUCUGACUAUAGCCGACACAGAAGGAAAACUGGGCAUAAUGUACAUGUAAAAGCCUGAAUUGUUUGUUUUAAUCAGGGUAGUUUCGUAUACUGAAGAAAUUUUUUCAGAAUUUGCAAAACGUGGAGCGGGGUUAUUGGAAAACCAAAAAGCAGGAGCCAGAAAUCAUGUAACUUUGUUUUUUGGGUUAAGUUUAUUUCUAAGGCUAGGGUUAGACUGGUAAAUCGUGUAGCUAAGCUAGGGAUUAAUGAGUUUUUGGUUGAUGCAUGAAGCAAGGGUUUACAUUCUUUUGUUGAAUUGCUUUUUUCUGGGUACAGUUUUAUAUGUUGAUUUGAUUGUAGUCAGUUUGUUGUUAA